GAAAAAUUGGAUGAAUUUGUUUAAUUUUUAACUUUGUAAUUAAUUCUUGUUUUUAAAAUCUUUUCAUCAUCCAAAUAGAAUUUUGCUUUCCAUCACUCACUUUAUUUGAUUGAAAUUGCCAUUUUUGCCGGCAUUUUUUUCGAAAAAAAGCUGUUGCUAUAGAUUCUCUAUCGAUCAAUCAACGGCGAAAAAAAUGAUGAAUGAUUCUUCAGCAUUGUUGCUUGAGCAACAACAUAGUUUGAAAAAUUCAAUGAACGAUCAUGAUCAAUCGAAAUUUAGCGAAAAUUUAAUUGUUAUUAAUUGUGCAAGCAACAGUACAUUACAAGAUUUAAAAAUUCCAAAAUGUUCGGGAGUAUUUACCUAUAAUGAUAGUGAUGUGCUAACAUCAGUUACAUCAAAUCGUUACAUUGUUUGGCAAACAUAUGAUGAUAUUUUGGAACUUAAUGAACAUAGUUUACAUCGUGAUUUACAUUAUAAUCAACUUAGAAUUCAAUUUAAGAAUAGUUUAAUUUUACAAAAUGGUGUUUCUAUUCAAGAAACUGCCGAUAAAAUUAUUAUAUUGGUCACGACAAUUGUUUCAGCUCAUCGAUUAAUUUUUCGUCAUCCACAUCAAUUGAAUUCAAAUCCAAAAUCAAUUGGUUCGUUAUCUUGUUUGGGACCCUCGUUAUCAUCUUCAAAUGAUUCACCUUGUUAUUCAAUUUUUUAUAAUGUCACCUGUUUCGAUGAUUCGGAUACAAGUUUUGUACAGCUGCAGAAUUCAUUUUCACAGAAUGCAAUUCUUGGUCAACCAACAAUGUUACCAUAUUUGUCUGCAUGUUCAUGGGCGAACAUCGAUGACUUGGAUGCAUUUUUUAUUUUAUCCACUACUUCUGGUUCAUUACAAAUUAUUCGUCUCCCAUCGGCUUCAAAUUCCAGUGAAUCACAAUCGGAGAUUAAAAUUCAAACAUUUGACUUGAAACAAAGCAAUCUGAUUGGUAAAUUAAUCUCCGGUUAUUUACCUUCGCUUAAUAAAUCAUUGGGGUCAUUUGCUGUUGAAUCAGCAAUUUGUUUGCUUCAAUAUAAUAUCGGUGAUGAUAAUCUAAUAUUUGCUCUUUGUCGUGAUGGCCGUAUACGAGUUAUAUCAUUGAAUCAACAAUCACUAUUACUUUGUCACAAUAUAUUCAAUCAAUCGAUGACAUUCAAUUCAAGAGAUGUAUCAUCAUCGGAUAAUAAUAGCAAGACAGCUAUUUUAUCCACACAAAAACCAAUAUCAAUGAAAUUUUGGUGGUAUGAGAAUGAAACCUAUUGGCCAAAUGUAAUUGUAUAUUGCACCGAUACUCAUUAUAAUCAAUUUUAUUUUUAUCAAAUAAUAUUGCCAAAUCAAUCAUCACAUUCACCAGGUAAAAAUCAUUCCAUUAAUCAUCAUUCAACGGCAAACUAUUCAACAAAUCAAGAACCACAUUUACGUUAUCUAUUUCAACGUUGUAUUCCUAGCCAAUAUGAUUUGAUUGAUUAUUUUGUUUGCAAUAGUCAACUAUGGGCAAUGUGGCAGCAUGAUGAACAAAUUAAUAUACAAUAUUAUUCCAUCGAUACCAAUUAUAAUGAUGAACAACCAUUCGAAUGGAUGCCCGUUGUGGCCGAUGUAAAUGCUUAUCCAGAAAUUGGUUCACGUUCACCAUUAGUUAAUCCAAGAGAAUUUUAUUUGAAUGGAAUUUUUUGGCAGGGGAAUUUUUCCUGCCAUACCAUUGCCAAAGCGAUUAACGUUUUGAAGCGUAGUAUUGGUGAUGAAAAAUGUGUUGUAAAUAAUUUGCAAAAAAUUGAUCUAUUAAUUCAAGAAGCUAUCAAACUUGUCGACAACAUAAUUCGUAAUCAAGCUGACUGUAAAUUGGAAAUGAAUGUUGAUGAAUAUAUUCAAUAUGAAGUUGAUGCAUGGAAUAAACUUUAUCAAUUUUGUUUGGAUUAUCAUGUUGCCGAAAAUGAACCCUUAUCAAUAUUUGUUGAUCAUAAAACUGGUAUCAAGGGAAUUGUUCGCAGAUCACGAUUGGAAUUUAUUGCAUCACUGUCACCAUUCGAUGAUAUGAUUAAUCAUUAUUUUUUACAUUGUAAACAAAAUAAUCGUAUUGCUCAUCAACAAAAUGGUGAUAUACAAUCGCCGUUUAAUUAUCGUUCCACACAGUCAAAUUCAAACGAUAGUUUUGAUCUAUUUUCCAUUUCAGCAUUUGAAUAUCGUUUAAAUACUUUGAUAAAACCUAUACAAGAUUCUCAUCAAUUAAAUCAAACAUCGGAUAUGUUUUCAACGAUUGAAAAUAUGAAAAGUAGUAUUCUGGCUUUAUUACAUGGUAUGUCAGCUAUUAAUGUCACAUUAAAAGAUGAAGAUCUAUUGGAUUUUGAAGCAUUUAUGCAACGGGUUUCCAGUUUUAGUACGGAAACUAAACUUUCAUUAGUCGAAAUAACGAAAAAAAUUACCGAAAAUUCUUUAUUGCCUGAAAUGUCAUCACUUUCGGACCAUUCAUUUGUACCAUUGAUUGAUGAUUUUUUUGAAAAAUGUCCACAUGUUGUUGAAGCUAUAAAAUUUUUUAUUCUGCAAUUAAGUUUUGAUUUUAUGUCGAAAAAUGAAUUGAAUGAUUAUUUAGGAUUGAAUAAUGAAAUGCAAUUACUACUCACAUCGAACAAUGAAGAUGCACAUUGCAAAAUGGAUGAAGCAUUACAAUUCGAAAUCAAACCAAUGUUUGCUAAUCUAUUAUCAAGUCAAUGUGGUUUAAAUUUUACUGUUUCAACAAUUCAACGAAUCAUUCAAGCACGUUAUAAAUUUUGUCGUGAUUUAUUCCUGCUACAAUAUAUGUUGACAAGUUUUCAUUCGAAAGUUAAAAGUGAUUAUCGUACCCGGAUUAUUCAUGAUGUACAAGCAUUCAUGAUACCGGCAACAUCGCAAGUAAUGUUUGCAUUGAAUCAUUUGAAUUGGAUAUCGGAAACACCAAUGAUAACACCAAAUAUUUGGUGGUCUGAAUCAACAUCAUGUGAUAAACUUUAUGGUGGUAUUACAUCGAUUGUUAACCUGAAUACUUCACCUUCACAAAAUUUAACUGGUUCGAAUCGUGGUUCAUCAUUUGAAAACAGUGAAUUAUUGUCAGUGUUGGAAAUGCGUGAUUUUAUCAAUUUGAAUCGUGUUGGCCUAUUGUCACAUGAAUCAAUUUUCUACGAUGCUUAUCCUCGUGCAAACAUAUUGUAUUUAUUUUGUCAAUUUAGUGGUGGUAUUUUAGCUAAACGAUUACUAAGCUAUUCACUUACCUGGGAAUAUAACCAAGGUCAAUUGGAUCAAUCUACAUUGACAGGUGAUGGUAUCUGGUCAAAUUUAUUACCCAUGUAUAUGGAUUCCAUUUGUCAAUUGGUAUGGCCUUUUUCAUCCGGACAAUUUAAAUUGGCUGAAUUCCUGUUAGGUAUUGGUCAAUAUCAUCUGGUCGAAAGAUUUGUUGAUAAAUUACAUCCAUGGUGUAAAAUGUUUGCAUAUAGUCGAUAUUUUGCUCGUGGAAUUUGCUAUCUAAUGACUGGUGAAGGUGAUAAAGCAAUUAUCAAGCUGAAACAAUCUGUUUAUGGAAUCAAUCAGGAACCAUUUUUAUUCAAAAUAUUCGCUCAACGACCAAAAUCUGUCCAACUAACUGAUAAAGAAAUUGCAUCAACUUUAGAUAAUGAUGAUAACACGAAAGAAUCGGAUUCUAUUUUACGCAAAAUUCAUUUGAAAAAACUAAAUGAUGCUAAAACAAUUCUUAAUGCUCGAACAUUGUUUCGUUAUUAUAACAAAUUAAUUCAUCUGUUUAAUCGUUAUUCAACUUAUGAUUUGGUUAUUGAACUGGCCAAUUGUGCAUUGAAAUGUUUAGGGCCGGAUUUUGAUCCAGAAUUCAAUCAACAUAGUUCAAUAUUACAUUCAAUAUUAUUUUCCUGCCAUCUUCGUUUGGGAAAUAUUGAUCAAGCUUAUAAAUCAAUGAUCGAUAAUCUGGAUCCUGAUCAAAAACAAAAUUGUCUUCGACAAUUUAUUGUAAAUCUUUGUGAAAAUGGCCAAUUAAAACAAUUAGUUAGCUAUCCAUAUAUUGAUUUGGAAGAUAAUUUUGUUUCAAUUUUGGAUUCGAAAGCUAGAUCAUCAUCUUGUCUGAUAAAUGAUGAUCAUGAAGGAAAGAUGGAAAAAUCUAUAAAUUCAUUGAAUCGUCAAAAAUCAACCAUAUUGGAAUCUGAAUCAAGUCACUCAGUGAAUUAUUUUCACAUUCUUUAUAGCUAUUUUAUCAAUACCUUCAAUUAUCGUCGUGCUGCGCAAACAAUCUAUGAUUAUUAUCGUCAAUUAAAUCAAGAAUAUAGUGGUGGUGAACAUCAAAUAUUAAAAAUUCAAGCAAAUUGUUUAUUAAUUGCUAGAAAUUGUCUUAAAUGUUUGGAUGAUUCGAAAUAUUCAUGGAUUGUUAAAAAUUCGUUGAAAAAAACUACUGACGAUACAAAACAACAAAUGAAACGUAAACGUGGAUAUUUUUCUUCGGAUGAUAAUGAUAAAAAUUGUAAUUAUAAUCAAGAUAAAACCAUCAUCGAAAUUGUUGACGAUGAAGAAUUGUUGCGUGAAUAUUUGUUGAUUGAUGCACGAUUAAAAUUAUUGGAAAGAAAUUCGAAAGAAUAUGCUAUAGCUUCAUCACCAUUAAGUCCCGAUGAAACGGUUAUUCUUUGUACGGAUGCAUCAUUAUAUGAACAAUCAUUCAAAAUAUCCGAAUUGUUUUCACUACCACUCGAACCGAUAUUCGAUGGUAUGGCAUCCAAAUAUGUUCAACUUUUGAAUGGACUUUAUAAUCGUCGAAGGAUCGAUGAUGAAACAAUGUUGGGAUUAUUGGCACAAUCUAGUGUUGUCGAUAUGGAUCCGGAAAUGAUGAUAUCACCAAAAUUAAAACUGCCAAUCGAUGAAAACAAUUUCAGUGUAGAUUUGUUUGAUAUUUUCUAUGAAAAUACUGCAUCCAAUAUUGAAUGUGAUUAUAUUUGUUAUUCAUCAUUAUCGAUAUGUGAUCGAAUGUGGUAUCUUAUAAUGUAUUAUUUAUAUCGCUAUCAACGUCAACCACAUAUAUCAACCGAUUAUUUCAAAACUGUUGCCGAAAAACUUUUAUCCAAUGGUAUUAUGAUACCUGUUUCCUUGAUGAAAAUCUAUCAGAAAUCGAAUUGCCCACAAUUACUUCGUUUGUUGAUGACUUAUAAUUUCCUAACCGAAGCUACUCAAUUGUCUAUUGAUUAUAUGAAUGCAUUUAUGGGUCAUGGUGUUGAAUAUUUUGAUCUCAAAAAUCAUUUGUAUCCAAAUUGUCCACCACUUUGUAUUCCCAUGCAUUUGUUUGAUUGUUUGGCAAAAAUUUUGGCCGAAGAAAAUGAACGAAAUCGUUACGAUACAAACAAAACCGAAACAGAAAAAUGGCAAAAAUCUUUAUAUUCAAUCAAAGCAAACAAUGAUCAAGGUGAUAAUGAUAGUGAAGCUGUUGAUGAUGAUGAUGAUAUUCGAUCAGAAACAAUUAUCGAUUAUGAUUCUCUAUUACGAAACCUGAACAAAACCAAACAAAAACUAGAGCAAACAAUCAUUUCAUGUUCAAACGUUUGAAUGCAACGCUACGGGGGAAAACUUUGAUGAAAUUUAAUGAAAUUUUCAAUUUUAAACAAAAUUUUGAUCAAUUUCCUUUUUGUUCAUAUCAUUCAUUU